AUGUCUGGAUUAUUUAAAGUUUGGAACAUGGAUCUAAACAGUGAAGAAGGCAGUUAACAUCAGAAGCUUGAUUGAGAAAGGUAAAUACCACAUGCUCAGACCGCGCUAUAUACUGAUCGCUGGAGCGUGUGGUCUUGGGUAUACAAGGUUCUUAUAGCAAAAUGGCGGCCUUCGCAACAUCAUUACAAAAAAUAUCACCGAUAUGGUGGAAAAACCGCCCCCAUCCCCCCAAAAAAUACUAAUAAAAAAUUUUAAAACUAGUAAAAAAAACCCGCCCGCCCCUGAAAAUUUGUGAGAGUGUGACACUAACCAAGUUUUUUUUUUAUUUGGCCUUAACAAAAUCAAAGCAAAACUUAACAUUCAAGUUAGUCAUUGAUAAUGAGUAAAUAUUAUAUAACUAUUCUUACUAACCAAAUUAACCAAGCAACAAUCAUUAUCUGUAUCUAUACUGAUCAUACUUGUUGAAUUAAUCGUCUAUAGUAUAAAUGAACAUUCAUGUCACUUCAUAUCUGAUAAAACACUUAUUAUAGUUUGUAACGGCGAACUUUUAAACUAAGUUUAUUUAGUACUAACUUGUACGUUAAAAAUUUUAAUAAAGUAAUAUAUUGUAACUGUAUAUAUUAGGACUAGUCAGUAAGUAACUAUUGCCGCGUGUUCAUAAUUCCAUAACACUUGUUGUUCAGUGCUCACGAAUGUAUGAUCAUUCGGAAUAAUUAAUAAUAAUCAUAAUAAUUUAGAAAAAGACCUUUGUUUCAAAUUUAUUUUAGGUAGGGUAAAAUUGGGGAUUACUGAUCCAGCAGGUUGCAGUGUAUUCGACGAAGCAGAUGGUACCGAAAUUGAUGAUGACGAAUGCUUGGCAUUAUAUGACAACACCCCGAUACUUAUAAUUGGAGCAGAAUGGAAACCCGUUGCAUCUCCUAUUCCAUCGCCUGUUGCCUCACUUGUUACAACAUCUGUUUCGUUAUCAGUUGCUAGCUCGCUGCCGACCACACCUGUUCCCUUCUCUGAUGUGGAAUCUGUUGUCUUUCCUAUUUCUGAAACGUUUGAUGCUGACGAUAGUACUUCAGAAACUUCGGUAGGUGGGUAUAAAAGUUGGAUAGAUCAUGGAUUUGAUAUGUUCACUUCAACACCAUGCACCACUGAAAGUUCGGAUGAAGGCAAGCCUGACGGAGAUUGUCUUCAACAACUUGAGGAAACUGCUCACGUACAACCAUUUCGCAACAAGUUGAUACUAGUUGUUCUACUGCACACAGAGACAGCAACAAAUGAAAAAAAUCUGUAA